AUGUCCCUAAACAAAGAACUUUCGACUGUCUACGAGCAGUUUCUUGAAACCGCCCCGAAGGAAGUGUCCUCCGUCAUCAACGACGCGGUUAACAACUUCAAAAGUGUCUACGACCCCGCUAGAGCAAUCCAGCCGGGGAGCGCCUUUCCACAAUUUCAGUUGACCGAUGCAACCGGUAAGAAAGUGUCACUGAACGAUCUCCUUGCCAAAGGCGCCAUCCUGGUAUCUUUCUACCGGGGUGAGUGGUGUCCGUUCUGCAACCUCGAACUGCGUGCGCUUCAAGCCCAUUUGGACGAUUUCCACCAGAAAGGCGUUACGUUGGUUGCUGUGUCUCCGGAGCUACCUGACCAAUCUUUGUCCACGUCCGAGAAAUUAUCGCUGAAGUUCCCUGUGCUCUCUGACGUUGGAAAUCAGCUGGCGAAGCAGCUCGGUCUGUUGUUCGCUCAGCCAGACUCUAUGCGAACUGUUUUCGACAAGAUUGGUGUGGAUUGGAAGCAGCGUUACGGCAAUGAUGACCUGGAGGUUCCUGUACCUGCAACGUUCCUUGUCGAUCAAAAGGGAAUCGUUCGCAAUACCUUUGUGAAUCCUGAAUACCGGUACCGUUUGGAACCUGAGACUGCUCUCCAGUGGAUUGACCAGAUUUAA